AUGGCGGUUUAUCAUCUUCUCCUCUCGAGCCCUCCCUCGCUUCUUCUUCCUCCUUCUCCUCGCCGCUCUAAUUUCACUUUAACCCGCCGUAUCCCAGCUCAUCCUCGUCUCGGAAACUCGGCGACCCCGCUUUCAUUUUCGUCACCGGUAGUUCGGAAAAUUCUCGUCCGUAGCACUCUCCGGGAGGAUCCCGUCUCUCCGGACGCCGAGAGUCCUACUCUACUGAUCGGUGAGGAUUCUGCCGCUUUUGAAUUAGGGAAACAGAAGCUUGUUUCCUGGGUUUAUUUCGGGGUUGUCCUUGGAGUCGUUCUCUUCAUCCUCGACGUUGUUUGGAUCGAUAAUUCCACCGGAUUCGGAAAAUCGUACAUCGAUGCCGUCUCUAGCAUCUCCGGUUCACCGGAGGUUGCUAUGUUAAUGCUUAUCUUCAUAUUUGCAAUUGCACAUAGUGGUUUAGCUAGUCUCAGAGAUCUAGGAGAGAAGCUCAUAGGUGAACGAGCAUUUCGUGUUCUGUUUGCUGGACUCUCUCUUCCUUUAGCUAUGAGCACCAUUGUUUACUUUAUAAACCAUAGAUACGAUGGGUCACAGUUAUGGCAGCUUCAGGGUGUUCCUGGAGUCCAUGAAGCUAUUUGGGUCGCUAAUUUUGUGUCCUUCUUCUUCCUCUAUCCUUCAACCUUCAAUCUUCUGGAGGUUGCAGCUGUUGAUAAACCCAAGAUGCAUCUGUGGGAGACUGGCAUCAUGAGAAUCACUCGUCAUCCUCAGAUGGUUGGACAAAUCAUUUGGUGUUUGGCACACACUCUCUGGAUCGGAAACACAGUAGCUGCGUCAGCGUCUCUGGGUCUGAUUGCACACCAUUUGUUUGGGGCAUGGAAUGGAGACAGGAGAUUGGCUAAAAGAUAUGGAGAGGCUUUUGAAAGCAUCAAGAAGAGAACAAGCGUGAUUCCUUUUGCUGCCAUAUUUGAAGGACGCCAAGUUUUGCCAGAGGAUUACUACAAAGAAUUUGUGCGGUUGCCUUACCUUGCAAUCACUGCGUUAACUGUUGGCGCAUAUUUUGCUCACCCGCUGAUGCAAGGUGCAAGCUUUAGGCUUCAUUGGUAG